AUGGCGGGUCCCACUGACAACUCAGCUGAGAUGAGUUCUCCAUCUCCUAAUCCUAUGCCUGCUGCUAAACAAGAACCACUGAAUUCUGGGAUCACCAUUUCCCUCCUUGUCGGAUCACUCCCCACUUUCUGCUGCAGCUCCUUCCCACCACCAAAGAAUAGAAUCUGUCCAAUAGAAAAACGAGGAAGGUACAGAAAUUUUGGCAAUCUCUUAAAAGAUGUUAAAGAUGUUCUUAAAAACAUAGCAGGCUUUGAAGAUAACUCAGUUGGGGAGCCUUUCGAGGAUGCCUAUCUCCUGAAGAAGAUCUGUCAAGUUUACGUCAGAGGUGUUGAAAAGAGAAAUAAAACACGAUUUAAAGAUGAUCUAUUCAUUAAUUUCGACCCAGAGAAAGAACAGAACACAAUGAAGCAGGAGAUGUUAGUCAAAAACCAGAGUGCGAAGAACACGGUACCAAAGUUUGCAAGGGAUCUGUGCAGUUCAGAAGAAAAGAGAUGCUUUGGUGGUGUCCAGCUGAGCGUGAAAAGACGGGGAAAUGGAUCCCUUCACCUCUGUGGAGAAUACAGGAAGCUCAGGAACAACAUGGAGCAGUUACUGCAGGAAGCAGAUCACUGGAGUAGACAGCAUAAUGAGCUCAGUGAACGAUUGAGGUCAUAUCAGGAAUGCCAGAAAGACGUCAAAGAAUUAUUGGACAACGAUCAAGUCUGUUUGCAAACCCAAUCCAACAACGAGCCAGUCACCAAGCAGAAGCUGGAGGAGCAGGUGAAGAAGCUGAGCCAUGACACCCACUCGCUGCAUUUGAUCGCAGCCCUGCUAGAGAAUGAAUGUCAGAUCCUACAACAGAGGGUAGAUAUCCUCAGGGAGUUUCAUCUCCACGAAGCUGCACCGGGGCAGGAGAAGCCUUUGCAGAUGUCCGGUGAGCAGGACAAGAAAUGUCUGAAGGUAGCGGAAGCAGACAAGACGGACGCUUCCAAGCAUACCACGAGGACAACAGAAGGCACGAUUACUAGGAAACCAAAGAUCCUCAGGAGCCCGGAUGAUUGCCUUACUAAGAAGGCUCGGAAUAACCGCUUCAACGCCCGUGUUGCAAAGAAAUCUCUGGUGGGGAAAAGGAGAACCGUUAGCAGCUUUCGGUAG